UAUAACCUAACCAAAAACAAAAAGGACCACGAAAGGUGAUGUUGGACGUCAUCAUUAUUCGCCAUAACCAAAGUGGUAACUUUUUAUCAUUUGAGAACCUAUGACUAUAGGAACCUAUGACUGAAAUAUGCCCACCCACAUGCCCAGUUUGGCUCUGUUUCUCUCGCACAUACCUUGGUAACAUUAUUAGGUUUUAAUGUGCGGUCCAUUUAAAAUAUCCAUGCGCUCGAGCCAUUUCAUGGUUAUCACAAAUUACUGACAUACCUGUUUUCUAUCAUGAUAAGAAAUAAUUUUUAGUUUGUUGUUUGUGGCAUUCUGUGGAGUGUGUACGCGUUUCAUAUCAAUAGUUGUGCAAGGGGGGAAAUGAUUGGGCGUCGUUUUAUUAGUUGAACGGCUAUUGGACAUCUGCUUUUGUUCUGAUGAAAUUUGUCCAUCCGACAAUUUUGGUUGGACGUGACUAUUUUAGCGGCAAAUAGACAUAAUUUGACUAUAGUGCAGUCUUCAACGAUGUCUGUAUUUUUAGUCAACCCAAGCACUGAAGAAGAAGAAGAAGACAACCCGACUGAAGAGGGUUCAAAUGCUAUUACUAUAUCUGUGGAAGAUAAUCCAACAUGUAACGUAGCUGCUCUGAAUCAAUUUUGGCCCAAAGUAAUCGAAGAUAUAAGAAAGAUUGGAACGUUAGAUUUAAAAACACAAGCUUUACCACUGGCUAGGAUAAAAAAAGUAAUGAAGUUGGAUGAAAAUGUUAAAAUGAUUAGUGCCGAAGCACCAAUGUUAUUUUCGAAAGCUGCAGAGAUAUUCAUUAACGAAUUGACAUUACGUGCAUGGAUUCACACGGAAGAUAAUAGACGACGAACAUUGCAACGAAAUGAUAUUGCAAUGGCUAUUACGAAGUAUGAUCAGUUUGAUUUCCUCAUAGAUAUAGUGCCUAGGGAAGAAGCAAAAAUUGUGACCAGAACUGUAUCGGAUAACAAGACCACGUUGAACCCUGAGCAGGUUCAGUAUUAUUUUCAAUUAGCUCAGCAACAGCAAGCCAGUAAUCAAUCUACGUCAAACGCUGCACAAACCAUUCAAAUAUUGCAGCCAGUAUCCAAUCAACAAGUAGUAACAUUAAGCGGUGGUUCACAGGAACAAGUUAAUAUAGAGAAUAUUGUAAAUAAUACUUCAAAUAUAAGUACAAACACUUCGACAACUGUUUCUGGCAGUCAGCCACAAGUAAUACAGUUGCAAGGAAGCUCUCAAACUCUUAAUUCAAAUGGAGGUGGAGUACUUCAGUUAGUUCAACAAGUAAUCACGCCUUCAGGAGAAAUUCAACAUAUACCUAUACAACUGAACUCAAAUCAGAUGCAAAUGCUUCGUAUGCAAGUACAAAAUUCGCCUCAAUCUCAACAAGUUCAAGUGGUCCAAGCAGCACAACCACAAAUUAUACAAGUGGCAUCACAAGCUAAUGGACCAACACCAGUUUAUAUAUCACAACCUGCAAAUCCAUCAACUAGUACAGAAUAAAUAAUUAAAUUACAUUUUAAACUACUUUGUAAAUUCAGAAUUAUGAAAAUGAAAAUUAUCAGUGUGUACUGUAACUUAAUAAUUUAUAAACUUUAAUAUCAAUGUAUAAAGCAGAAUAUUAUUUAGGAUUUUUGAAUUAUUACGUAUUUUUUCUUUUCA